UCACAACUGGACUGUCUACCCUUACAGCAAUGGUUAUCAACGCCGCGAUCGUUCCAACUGGUAUACUGCGGGAGGAUAUGCAUUUGAAGACAUACAUGGGCGAGAUAUUCAUCCGCGUUGAUGGGACUAUUAUCGUUGUUACACCUAGACAGAUCAUCACGAAUUCGAGUUUCUCAGAGUGGACGGACGGAACACCCGUUGCCAAAGGGAAGUUCUUCCUUCAAGCCAGUGAUGACGGGAACAUCCUGACCAUUAAAACCGACUAUGACGUCAUAGUGGUCAUCAGAAGACAUCUGUCCUCGAUCGAUGAGCCGAUAGAUUACCUUAACGUCCACAUAGAGAGCGAUGCAGGGUUGUCGUCUAGUUCUUCAGGGAUAUUGGGUCACUUAGUAAAGAAGAAAGUUUCGCUCAGGAAAAUUACGGAGAAGAAUGGAAGGACAAUCGGACGGUUUCGGGUUGAGGACGAUGCCACUGUUUCCCACUUUCACGCCCGACUCCAUAUGAAACAUGAUUUUAUAUCAGACGAGAAUUUCAUGUGUUGGAAUGCGAUUCAUGACAUAGAUGGUCUCUUUAGAGGAAAAUUGAAAACGUUCGAACUAAAAGGUUUCUUUACUUAGCGCAAC